GUAAGGUAAUUCAACCCUUUCCCCCUCCCCUAUAAUUUUUUAGCGAUUAUUGAUACAAUUUUUUUGUCCUAUUGGAAGCACAUUCCAUACUUGCACAUAUUAAAUUUCUGUCAGAUCUUUUUGUAUUUUUUUGUUAAUCUUCAUUAUAAUUUUUUAGAAAAAAAUAUGACAAUAUUAAGGGGAAUGCGCAGAUUUCUAAACUAUCCUUUACCUCGAGAACAUAUUUUAUUAAAAAGAUAUGCAUCAGCAUUUUCUUUCGUUGCUGAGAAAAUUGCAGUUAAUGGCGAAACAAAGAAAAUGAAUUUGUUCCAAUCUUUAACCAAUGCGAUGGAUAUUGCUAUGGAAACUGAUGACACCGCAUUAAUAUUUGGUGAAGAUGUUAACUUUGGUGGUGUUUUUCGUUGUACUAUGGGCUUAGCUGAUAAAUAUGGAAAAGACAGGGUGUUCAAUACUCCACUGUGUGAACAAGGCAUUGUUGGUUUUGGCAUAGGUCUGGCUAACAUGGGAACAACUGCCAUAGCCGAAAUUCAAUUUGCUGAUUAUAUAUUUCCAGCUUUUGACCAGAUUGUAAAUGAAGCUGCAAAGUGUCGAUAUCGUUCUGGCAACCUCUUUGAUUGUGGUUCACUUACCAUUCGAACGCCAUGUGGAGCGGUUGGGCAUGGUGCAUUGUAUCACUCACAAAUGCCAGAAGCCUACUUUGCUCACACACCGGGUUUGAAGGUUGUGAUCCCCCGAAGUCCCAGCCAAGCAAAGGGAUUAUUGCUAGCAUCUAUUCGCGAUAAAAAUCCUGUCGUUUUUUUGGAACCAAAAAUAUUAUACAGACAAGCAGUUGAAGAGGUACCUGUAAAUGAUUACGAACUUCCGUUAUCAAAAGCUGAUAUAGUAGAAGAAGGGAGUGAUGUCACACUUCUAGGGUGGGGAACACAAAUUCAGGUAUUGAGAGAAGCGUCUAAAAUGGCGGAACAACAACUUGGUGUAUCUUGUGAGAUUGUAGAUUUAAGAACUAUUAUUCCCUGGGACGAGCAAACAAUUGCUGAGUCUGUUCAGAAGACCGGUCGUCUUAUUAUCGCGCAUGAAGCACCAAUCACAGGAGGUUUUGCUGCUGAAAUUGCUAGUACAAUACAAGAGCAAUGCUUUCUUCAUUUGGAAGCACCGAUUCAAAGAGUGUGUGGCCACGACACUCCAUUCGCGCAUGUUUUCGAACCGUUUUAUCUACCUGAUAAAUUUCGUUGUUUUGAAGCCAUCAAAACUGUGACAAAUUAUUGAAAGGAAACUUCGCGAAAGAAAAGGAGUUAGGGUGGUGGCGUUACGCGACAUAUUACAACAAUCGUCAGGCGUCAAUGUUGCAACAUGCUUCAGAAUUGACGAGUUACUUUUGGACUAAAAUAGGGAGUAGCCACUUUAUAACUUCCCAGAUACAGGAGUAUCUGGGAACGUAUAAAAAAGAUGCACACAAUUAAAUAAUAUUUAAAAUAAUACAUUUUUUUAUGUUUAAUUAUUUUAUACUUAUUUUACAUUAUAUGUCUACAGAUGAAAAAAAUGUUAACAACUUUUUACAGUUUAAGGCUUGCUAACACUUGUUUUAGUGUUUUUAGCACUUGAUAACAUUGAUAACUCUAUAACGUUCGUGUUAUAUAAAUAUAUAAAAACGGUGCCAUAUUUAGCCCUAUUCGCAAAAUGCCAGCAAUAAAUAUUUACUUAUAUCAUCGGAAGUUUGAAUUUGUCGAAAAUACCAUUAUUUGCUUUAAAAUUAAUUACCUUAGUCCCAGAGUGAAUUAUCAUUUUUCGGGUAAAAAUGGUAAAAAUCGGGAAAUCAGAUUAAUGACAUGUCCAAAAUUUACAGAAUUAUUCCCCUUGGUGAAAUAAAGUUGUGUUGUUUUGUAUUCGGAAUCCAUCCCUGCUUCCUAGGACCGUAUAGGAUUAACAUACUUUUAGGUUUUUACAUUUUCCCGAUUUUUGGGUUACGCUUAAAAUCGUCCAUUAUUUACAGAAUUAUUGAAAUAAAGUUGAGUUCAGUUCUCUAAGAAAAAUGCUAACGGAA